UUCAUCGUUCAUAUUCGAUAUGGACAGAGCCUUAUCGUUAAUGUGCAAGAUCAUGACACAGUGACAGAAGAUGAUUUCCUUGGAACAGUCAAGUUAGAUGUCAACUUUCUUGCUCAAAAGAAACGAACAAAUACAUGGUUUCCAUUGAAAAAUGUCGAUAAAGGAGAAGUUCGACUGGAUAUAGUAUGGCUUUCUAUUUCUGAUAGUGUCGAAGAUUUACAGCUGGAAGCUGGCGACUGCAAGGAACCCAAGCAACAAUUUCCUCAUGCUCUUUUAUUGACCAACGUUUUAAACGGCAAAUUAGCUACAGAACGUCGAACCUACUGUAAAGUUACCGUUGGCAACAGUACAUUUACUAGCAAGCCUACAAAACGAAAAACCAAAGUACCAAGAUGGGAUGUUCAAUAUAAAUUUCUUAUUACCAAUCCACAGAAAGAAGAAGCAAUCUUCGAGAUGUUUGAAUUUGAUUCUAACAAUGCUUUGGGAAAAGUUAUCGUGCCUCUUUCGGAGCUAUUAAAGGAUGAUGACAAAAUGACUUUAGAUUCAACCUUCCCAUUGCAAGGUGGUGAAUCAGAUAAAGAUGAUAGUCUACACCUGGAAAUAAUCUUACGAAUUUCCACCGAUUUUAACGGUAUGCUAGUUCGUCAGUACUACCUUAUCAUACGAGUAUAUGGCAAUCUAAAACUACAUAAAAUUACUAACACUAUUGUAAUAUACGUAUUUAGCUAUACCAAAGACUUGAAUUAUUUUAUCUAUAUCGCUGUUCUAUACUACGAAGGCGAGGAUCUUUCUAGUGAUGAAGAAUUGCCAUCUGAUUCAGAAAAUGAUCAUGCCGGGGAUUUAGCUAAACCCGAUGGUUCAGAUAUUGCACCAAGAGGGAGCGUUCAACUUACUAUACAAGAAAGUAGUUCCAAUUCGAGUUUACUAGUUUUAGUACAUUCUGCUUCAAAUCUACCAGCUAUGAAUCAAAGUGGUAGUAUCGACAGUUACGUCAGAGCUUAUUUAUUACCAGAUCGCGGUAAAGACGAUAGAAAGCGCACUUCGACAGUCAAUAGUGACCAAAAUCCAGCUUUUGGAGAAACAUUCGAAUUUCCUGUUACAUACGAGGAAGCUAAAUCUCGCACAUUAGAAGUUGCCGUUAAAUCUGUCACACCAAAUAAAACUGUUGGGAGGGUUCUUAUUAAUCUUUCGACUGUUAACAUUGCCGCUACAACUACAGCAUGGUACGCCUUAAGUCCGCCAUGA